GCUAAAAGAUACCUGACUAGUCAAUGGUUGACUCGUUUUGUUCCUUCAGUUUACACUUUAGUGGUUAUGCUGAGUCUCCCUCUGAACAUCACAGCAAUACUUGUGUUCCUGAUAAAAAUGAAAAUUAAAAAGCCAGCUAUAGUAUACAUGCUGAAUCUGGCCUCUGCGGAUGUAUUGUUUGUAAGUGUCCUUCCUUUUAAGAUCGCAUACCAUUUUUCUGGAAACAACUGGGUGUUUGGACCUGAAAUGUGUCGGCUCAUCACCGCUGCCUUCUACUGUAAUAUGUACUGUUCGAUACUGCUGAUGACUGUUAUAAGCAUUGAUCGUUUCUUAGCCGUGGUGUAUCCUAUGCAAUCUCUCUCAUGGCGUACAUUAAUGCGUGCCUCGUUGAUCUGCUUUACCAUAUGGCUUAUAGCCAUAGUUGGUGUUAUACCCAUUCUCAUCACAGAGCAAACUAUGAAAAUAUCUGAGUUAAACAUUACAACCUGCCAUGAUGUGCUAAAAGAAUCUGAACUUAAGAUAUAUUACCGAAAUUUCUUCUCCAUUUUCUCUUCCAUUUUCUUUUUUGUGCCAUUAAUAAUUUCUGCUGUCUGUUAUGUGUGUAUCAUCCGAUGUCUUAUCUCUUCUAAUAUUGUUGCAAAACAAAGUAAGAAGACACGUGCUUUACUCUUGUCUGCAGCUGUUUUCUCUAUUUUUAUUAUUUGUUUUGGACCAACAAAUGUCCUUUUAUUAAUUCAUUAUGUAUCUUUUCCUUACAACCACCAGUUAGAAUACAUCUAUUUUGCCUAUCUCCUCUGUGCUUGUAUCAGCAGUGUAAGCUGCUGCAUUGAUCCUUUGAUUUAUUACUAUGCUUCCUCUGAGUGUCAGAGACAGGUUGGCAAUCUCUUGUGCUGUAAAGAGAGUCCUGAACCUACCAGUAGUAGCAGCAGUGGUCAGUUAAUGGCUAGGACCAGUAGAAGGGAUACCUGCUCCAGUAAUCUGAGUAACAGUGUCUACAGGAAGUUGCUAACAUAAUGUUUUUGGAUAAAUGUACAUCAUACACUCUUUGAAGAUUUUUAUACAGCUUCAGUAAAAAUACCCUAUUAUAUCCAAGAAUUGCACAAUUUGGGGCAGAUUUUAAUUGAGACAUAUAGUAGGGUAGAUUCAUUACAGUAAUACAUAAUUCUAAAUACAGAACAGGAAUCUGUGUAUUUAUAUGUAUAUAAGUGAAGCGGGAGGAAGCAAUAUAAAGAACUUUUAUAAAAGCUGUUGGAUAUUAUUUUCAGAUAAAUCCAGGCAAACCCUUUUAAGAUUUGCAGUUCAGUCUAUUGUAAAAUUCUGUGAAAUAUUUCCUGUUUUAGCAUUUUAAACCCAAAAAAAUUGUUUCUAUACUUAUAAGUGAAAUGUAUCAAAUCAUCUCUCCAUUAUCUUGUGAAUGAAAUGAAAAUGGUUUACCAGCCAAGCUGUUUUUUCAAUGUCAUUAUUUGUAGGUUUAGCUAUACAAUUAAAUUUUUGAGCAUCAUUCUGCAUUUUUGGGGACCUCAAAGUGUGGAUUCUGCAUUUCUCCAAGUUUUACAUAGAAGUUUAUGAAGAGGAUUUUAACAAACAAAAGCCAGUUUUGACAGCCGAGCUUGUCUGAUAAAAGAAUUCACAGCAACUAGGACUACCUUUUGUCUCAUAGUUCUCACAUUAUCACUGAACUUGCCAUUGGAAAAAACUCUUGUAGGGUCCCUGGUUUAGACCAUGCUACCAUUAGAGCAAAAUUUCCCCCAAAGUCAAUGUUAAUAUGCAUCCACAAAAAUUGACACUUCAAAAUCAGCAUUUUCACAUGCUAUUGCUCUGUCUGUGUGCAUUACCAUGCAUUUGUACUCUUUUUAUACCACCGCACCCACCAUUUUGCAACUUACAAAUGCAUUUUUCAUGUAUGCAAGUAGGUCUCAUCACUUAGAAGUUUGUCCUCUGUCCCACAUGAGAGCAAGUCUGAGCAGUUUUAAAAUAGUUCAUUUUAAGUAUGUUAUAAAUGUUUAGCUCCAGAGCCAGCCUCAUCCAGCAUGUAUAGCAUCAUUUUACUCUAAAGUGUUACUUUUGUGCUAUAAGCACAUAGUAACAGGACAUCUGUUCUGAAAAUUAACUGUAUAGAUAAUAGGACUUAAUUUGAUUUCUCUUUUCCAAUACAGUGACAAUGAGGUUCAUGUAAAUUUUGUAACAGCAGAUUGUCAAGAAACAGCAUUAGCUUGCCAUAUUCAGAGUGAAUAAAGUCCCCUGUCCAUUACAAAAGAGAGAGAAGAAAUGUAACCUUCCAGCGGGUACUGUAAAAAUGGCAAACUCCUGCCCAAACAUAAAUUAUUUUACCUUUUUUUUUUCUUUUUGUGAUGAAGUUAAACUUGUUUGCUGCAAAUAUUGAGUGCUAGUCCUCUCCUGAUUGUUGAGUCUUAAAAGAUUUUACACACUUUAAGUGUGUGAGGGCCUGGGAGCAAUUAUAAUAACCUAUAUGUUCAAUUACCCUAUAUUUUUAAUGGAUUAUAUGGUACGCUCAGAUUCCUUUUCAUUUGGGUUGAGUACUAAAUGCAUGCUUUUGCCACAUAGCACAAGUUUAAAGCUUUAUGGCUUGUGGUAUAAUGUUCAGGUUACUAAAUAUGUGUAAGGAGGGGGAGGACAAAAACACCACCACCACUAUGAAAUCACAGGAAGCAGCUUGUGGAAGCUGACACACUCAGAACAAGUAUAUGCUCUUCCUGUUUCCAUGCUUGAGGAUGGGGAUUGCUGCUUCAUUUUCCCAUGUGUUACUUGGACAUUUGUUUCAGUAUCCUAAUAUUUUGUUUGACACUGGUUUAUUUUCAGAAGUUCAGAAGAGUCUGUUUAGUCAGCUUCAGUAGGUGAAGAAGUACAUGCUGAAAGGGAAGGAAAUGUAUUUUGGAAAUGGCUUGUCAUCAUAAUGGGAAUUCUGUUUUCUUCCUUUCAGUCUGUCUUUGGGUAAAAUACACAUGAAACUAGACAUUUCCUUAAAUAACACCAAUUCAACUGUAUUUUAUGAAGCUGCAUGCUUUUCUAACAGUGUAGUUUUAGAGACUUAAGUAAAAUCUGUAAAUAUUUAGCAUUUUUGUAUGUUACUUUAUAAUUCCCUGGAUUAAUCAAAUAGACUAAUCCAUAUUUUAUCACUUCAUGGAAAUCGUAAUAUAAGACAGGACAUAACUGUUUAAUUUUUUGUUACUUUGAACUAAUAAUAAACAUGUAAACUUCC